GAAAAACACCAAUAAAUUACAUCAAAGAUGCUCAUCGCCGUCGAUUGUAAUGACGAGCACGCUAUAAAGAUGCGUCGUCGAAGUACUACAUUUCGUAAGUGGGACGAGGAUUCGAGGAAGAAGUCUUAACUCUCAAGUCUCUAGUUCAACGAGCUCGAGCUAGAGAAAGGAACCAAAGGGUAAAAAACGUCGAACAGAGUGACAGGUCAAUUGAACGAUCGUAGAUGCAACCAUGUUCGCCAAACGCCUAUUACAAAAGGCACAUCAUCCUCGUCAGGGUAAUGUACAACACAGAAGUGUGAAUCCAACAGACUUAGAUCCACAUAUUGCUUUGCACUAUGGAAUCCCAUCUAGUGCAUCGGUUCUUGCUUUUGACCCCAUUCAGCGUCUGUUGGCCAUUGGAACACUGGAUGGCAGGAUCAAAGUGAUUGGUGGUGAUAAUAUAGAAGGACUUCUCAUAUCCCCAAAGCAGCUGCCCUUCAAAAACUUAGAGUUCCUGCACAACCAAGGUUUCAUAGUGAGUGUCACAAAUGAAAAUGACAUUCAGGUUUGGGAUCUGGAAAACAGGCACAUGGCAUGUUCAUUGGUAUGGGAGACCAAUAUAACUGCCUUUUCUGUGAUCUCUGGCACCCCUUUCAUGUAUGUUGGAGAUGAAUAUGGUUUGAUGUCUGUCUUGAAGUAUGAUGCUAAUGAAGGAAAGCUUCUGAAGUUGCCAUAUCAUAUUCCUGCAGAUUUGCUAGCUGAAGCAGCUGGGAUAUCAUUACCUGACCAUCAAACCAUUGUUGGACUACUUCCCCAACCUUGUACGUCUGGGAACAGGGUGCUUAUUGCAUAUGAACAUGGGCUGCUUAUUCUCUGGGAUGUUUGUGAAAAUCGUGUUGUUCUUGUUAGAGGUUAUGAGGAUCUCCAAUUAAAGGAUGAGGGAGUUGUUAAUUUUCCAACUGGAGCAGAUAAUGAAUUUACAGAUGAUACAUCUAACCAUGAACAAGAGGAAAAAGAGAUAAGCUCUCAUUGUUGGGCAUCUACUAAUGGGUCUGUUCUUGCUGUGGGAUAUGUAGAUGGAGAUAUUAUGUUAUGGAACACAUCAAGUGCUUCUUCUGCCAAAAGUCCACAAGCUGGAACAUCAUCAAAUAAUGUUGUUAAGCUACAGUUAUGUUCAAGCAAGAGAAGACUCCCUGUUAUUGUCUUGCAGUGGUCUCCAAGGAGUGGGUUACAUGAUAAUGCAGGCCAUCUUUUCAUUUAUGGUGGUGAUGAAAUAGGGUCUGAAGAAGUACUGACAAUAUUAAGUCUUGAAUGGUCAUCCGGGAUAGAGACUGUAAAAUGUGUUGCUCGUCUGGAUCUUACACUUAAUGGCUCUUUUGCUGACAUGAUAUUAAUACCGCAUGCUGGGGCAAGAGAGAAUAAUCAUACUGCUGCUCUUUUUGUGUUGACAAACCCUGGACAAUUGCAUGUAUAUGAUGAUUCUAGCUUGUCUUCAACAUCUCAGAAGGACAAAAAGACACCUAUUCCUGCAAUACAAUUUCCUGUGGCAGUACCUACUGUUGAUCCAUGCAUGACUGUGGCAAAGCUCAGUUUAUUACCUAGAGGUGGGAAUUCAUCAAAGGCUCUCUUAGAGAUGGCCUCAGUUAUGAAAGCUAGAGCAACAGCUCCUGUAACUGUGGGUACCAAGUGGCCUGUGAGUGGUGGUACUCAUAGUCCGUUAUCAUUUAGUGAAGAUAAAGAGGUUGAGAGAGUAUAUGUAGCAGGUUAUCAGGAUGGAUCUGUUAGAAUAUGGGAUGCCACAUAUCCAGUCCUGUCACUUUUAUAUGUUAUAGAAGGCGAGGUGCAAGGGAUCAAAGUGACUGGUGCAAGAACUUCAGUGACGGCUUUGGAUUUUUGCUCCCUCACUGCAAGUUUCUCUAUUGGCAAUGAGUGCGGCCUGGUUCGCAUCUAUAAGCCCAGUGGGAGUUCCAGUGAGACAAGUUUUCACUUUAUUACUGAAACUAAUAAUGAAGUAGUUCAUAUUACAUAUCAAGAGAAAGGGCUUCAAUGUGUGGCAGCAUUUUCUGUGCUAAAUUCUCCUAUACAAACCCUACAGUACGAAAAAUCUGGAAGCAAACUUGCCAUCGGAUAUGAAUGUGGUCGGGUUGCACUGCUCAGUAUGGAUUCAUUAUCAAUUCUGUUCCUCACAGACUGCAUAUCUGCCUCAAGUUCUGCAAUCAUUUCUAUGGCAUUAUUUUCACAAAUCCCUAGCAUAAUAAGCAGCCCAAAACACUCAGUAUCACAAAAUCAAAAUGAGACCAAAGGAGUGAUUUUCAUUUUAACAAGGGAUGCACACAUUGUGGUUGUUGACAGUGCCWCUGGUAAAAUGAUCAAUUCUCAAUCAAUGCACCUAAAGAAGGGUUCAACUGCAAUUUCCAUGUAUGUCAUAGAGGACAGCACAUUAGUCCCUGAAGUUUCCCAUGAUAGCCACCCAAAAAGGUUAUCCCAAGGCACUUUUUGUCAGGAUGAGCCUGUGCAAGAAAAUACUGCAACGGAAAUCAAACAAGAAGAAGCUGAACUUCAUGCCACUAUUGGAUCUACAUUUUUUGGGGAAAGAUUAUUGGAUUCACUUCUUUUACUCUGUUGUGAGGAUUCAUUGUGCCUCUACACUAUUAAAUCUGUGGUUCAGGGGGAUAAUGAUUCCAUUCGAAAAGUGAAUCUUGUAAAACCCAUUUGCUGGAGUACAACUUUCAUGAAAGAUGAGAAAGUGUGUGGGCUCAUUAUAGUCUAUCAGACCGGAGUCAUUGAAAUAAGGUCCUUGCCAGAUUUGGAAGUCGUGACUGUGACCUCUUUAAUGUUAAUCCUUAGGUGGAGCUUCAAGACAAACAUGGACAAAAUGAUGAGUUCUUCAUGUGAUGGGAACAUUACACUGGCAAAUGGGUGCGAACUUGCUUUCAUCUCUUUCCUGGCAUCUGAAAAUGGCUUCAGGAUUCCAGAGUCUUUGCCUUGCCUUCAUGAUAAAACUCUUGCAGCUGCUGCCAAUGCUGCCAUUGGCUUCUCCUCAAAUCAGAAGAAAAAGCAGAUUACUGCCCCUAGUAUUCUGGGUGGUAUCAUCAAGGGCUUUAAAGGAGGAAAAACGGCAAAUACUGAAGAUUUUAAUGAAAACCUUGCUAGUUAUAACAUUACUGCGAAUCUAGAAACCAUGUUUUCAAGGCUUCCAUUUUCGGAACCAUUCACAACCACUGAAGAUCAUCAAGAAGUGGAGCUCAGCAUAGAUGAUAUUGAAAUUGAUGAACCAAUACCUGUUGCAUCCACUUCAUCUCAUAAAGGCAGAAAUGACAGAAAAGAGAAAGAGACAGAGAGGGAGAAACUGUUCGAAGGUGCAACAGUUGAUAUAAAGCCAAGACUAAAAACACCUGAAGAAAUCAUUGCAACAUAUAGAAAGACAGGGGAUGUCUCCAAAGUAGCAACACAAGCAAGACAGAAGCUUGCAGAACGCCAGGAAAAACUUGAGAGGAUAAGCAGAAACACUGAAGAGCUACAAAGUGGGGCCCAAAGCUUUGCAGAAAUGGCAAAUGAGCUUGCCAAGACAAUGGAAAGUCGGAAGAGGUGGUUCAUAUGAUAAGAAGCCAGCAUUUACAAAUCACAAAUGCUAAAAGAAAUGCUCUGGUUAACUAUGUCUGUUGUUCUGAUACAAUAUGUAAAGCUUUCAAUAGUGUGAUCAUAUGCAUUGCUGUUUGACCUUGAAAAUGUAAAUUAUGUAAUUGGCUGUGGUGAGUAUUUAUUAUUCGAUUGGCAUAUUUGAAGAUUGUACCCUGGCAAAUCUGUGUAAAAUCACGUAUAUACAUGUUAAUUGGAAGGGUUUGGGUAACCUUUAUUGGUUUA